AUGGGUUUCAUCAAUUUCAAAAACUAUCGGGUCUACGUCCUGACCUCGGUGGCCUAUCUGGGCUCCCUGCUCUUUGGUUAUGACACGGGUGUUAUGGGGUCAGUCCUGGCCCUUUCCAGUUUUAAAAAGGAUUUCGGCCUCCCCGUUGAGUCAUCCGGGUUCAGCGACGAGAAGAACGCUCAGAUUUCCUCCAAUGUGGUGUCCCUACUCACAGCAGGAUGUUUCUUCGGAUCCAUCUUCGCUGCUUACAUGAACGACAGACUGGGCCGGAGGUACUCGCUGAUGGUCUUUGCCGUGAUCUUCCUGGUUGGAGCAGCCGUCCAAGUUGGAGCUCACCAUGAGAUUGGCAUGAUCUAUGGCGGACGUGUCAUCGCCGGUUUUGGUAUCGGUGGUAUGUCCAGUAUCACCCCGGUGUUUGUCAGUGAAAACUGCCCUCCGGCAACCCGUGGCCGUGUUGCCGGUCUCUUCCAGGAGUUCUUGGUGAUUGGUAGUACCUUCGCCUACUGGCUGAACUAUGGCGUCUCGCUUCAUGUUCCCGAAGGCACAAGCCAAUGGCGUAUCCCAGUUGCCAUUCAGCUUAUCCCAGGUGGUUUGAUGCUCAUCGGGUUAUUCUUCCUCAAAGAGUCUCCUCGUUGGCUGCUAACGAAGGGCCGCCGGGAUGAUGCACUCAAGUCCCUUGCUUACAUUCGUAAUGAGCCUGAAAACAGCGAGGCUGUUCAACUCGAGUUUGCUGAAAUCACGGCUGCCAUUGACGAAGAAUCCCAGGCUACCGAGGGCCUGACGUGGAGGGAAUGCCUGAAGCCUAGCAACAGAUACCGCUUCUUCCUGGCAUUCGUCCUGAUGUUUUGGCAGCAGUUUUCCGGAACAAACAGCAUUGGAUAUUAUGCUCCUCAGAUCUUUGCAAGUGUCGGGUUGAGCAAAACGGACUCCUCCUUGUUUGCCACCGGUAUCUACGGAACAGUCAAGGUCGUUGCAACUGCGAUCUUCCUAAUCGUCGGUAUCGAUCGCUGGGGCCGAAAGAAGAGUUUAAUUGGUGGUGCCGCUUGGAUGGCUAGCAUGAUGUUCAUCAUUGGAGCAGUCUUGGCUACCAAUCCCCCCCGACCCAGAAGCCACAUCCGUCUCAUCGGCGUCCACUGCCAUGUUCCUUGGGUGUAUCUUGGCGAGAUCUUCCCAACUCGUCUUCGCGCCUACGGUGUCGGUUUCGGUGCCGCCACACAAUGGCUGUUCAACUUCGUCAUCACUGAGGUUACCCCUCGUGCUAUCAAUAAGAUUGGCUGGAAGACUUUCCUCAUGUUUGGCAUCUUCUGCUUUGCCAUGGGUGUCUUCGUCAUCGUAUUCUUCAAGGAGACCAAAGGCCGAACCCUGGAGGAGAUGGAUCUCAUUUUCGGCGCUGUUGAUGAGCAGCAGAGACGCGCUGAUGUGGAACACACCUUGCAAAAGACUCAAAUUAUGCAUCAAGAGCAUACAGACACGACAGAGACUGCGAAGACUACAGAGACUACAGAGCACAAGCAGUGA